UUUAGCGGGCAGUACGUUGAUGCCGUUAAAGCGCUGUAUGCAGCAUAGCUUAAUAACUAAUAUGAAGUAGAAGUUUAAUACUUUCUGUUAGUGAUGACUUAGUUUUGGCUUCACUUUUCGCAGCAAGGCAGCGGACAUGGCUGUUGGUGUGUUACUCUUCGUUGCAGUAAUCCUCGCCUGUUUAUCUGCCAGUGGAAACUUGGUGUCUGGAGAAAACUCCUUCUCUAUAGACUACAAGAACAACUGUUUCCUGAAAGAUGGAAAGCCUUUUCAGUACAUCUCAGGCAGUAUUCACUACUCCAGGAUCCCAAGGUACUACUGGAAGGACCGACUCCUAAAGAUGUACAUGACUGGACUGAAUGCUAUCCAAGUAUAUGUACCCUGGAACUUCCAUGAAGUGGUGCAGGGGGUCCAAAACUUCACAGGGGACCGAGAUCUGGAGCAUUUUUUGGAUCUGGCUAAUCAGACAGGUCUGUUGGUCAUCCUGCGUCCCGGACCGUACAUCUGUGCAGAGUGGGAAAUGGGUGGAUUGCCAGCGUGGUUACUUCAGAAACCAAACAUCGUGCUCCGCUCAGCUGACGCAGAUUAUGUCCAGGCAGUCAGCAACUGGCUUUCUGUUCUUCUGCCCAAAAUGAGGCCGUGGCUGUAUAUCAACGGGGGAAACAUCAUCACUGUCCAGGUGGAGAAUGAAUAUGGAAGUUACUUUGCUUGUGACUACAACUACAUGCGUCACCUGCGGGCACUGUUUCGCUUCUUUCUGGGGGAAGACACAGUCCUGUUCACCACCGAUGGAAACACAGACAAGGACAUGAAAUGUGGGACUCUGGAGGGAUUAUAUGCCACAGUUGACUUUGGAACAGACACCAACAUAACCAAAGCCUUCGACAGGCAAAGGAGGUUUGAACCUCAAGGUCCACUGGUGAACUCAGAGUUCUACACUGGCUGGUUGGACCACUGGGGGGAUCAGCAUGUUGUGGUUGAUGCUCAGAAGGUCAGCAGAGUGCUAGCAGAAAUGCUAACAUUAGGGGCCAACGUCAACAUGUACAUGUUUGAAGGAGGCAGUAACUUUGGUUACUGGAAUGGGGCUGAUCACGACACGAGGUUCCGCUCAGUAGUGACUAGUUAUGAUUACGAUGCCCCGCUGUCGGAGGCAGGAGACCCCACAGAGAAGCUGUUUGCCAUCCGAGACGUCAUUAAGCAGUUUAGAGAUAUUCCCUCUGGCCCCAUGCCACCAGCAACUCCCAAGUUUGCCUAUGGCUUUGUGACCCUGAAGAAGGUUGGCAAAGUCAGCGAUCUGUUGAACACCAUCUCACCUGCCGUGCCGGUGAAAUCGCAGCAUCCUCUGACGUUUGAAGAGAUGAAGCAGAACUAUGGAUUUAUGCUGUACCGGACCACGCUGCCCCAGGACCUCUCCGAGCCCACGCCACUUAUCUCUCCACUGAAUGGGGUUCAUGACCGUGCAUAUGUGUCCGUCAAUGGGGUUUUCCAGGGUCUGUUGGAGAGAGACACUGUGCUGGUGAUGAACGUCACUGGACAGCAGGGGGACACUUUGGACAUCCUCAUUGAGAACAUGGGCAGGGUGAACUUUGGCAGCAAGAUCAAUGACUAUAAGGGCCUCGUGAGCAACCUGUUCCUGGGGAAAGAUAUCCUGACUGACUGGCAGAUCUACCCUUUGGACAUCGAUGGAGCCAUCACCAGUGGCUGGCCUCAUUCAGACAGUGGAAAGUCUUCACCUGCCCCUCAGAAAGACCCUUCAGUUGGACCAGUUAUCUACAUGGGGACUCUGCAGCCUAACGGCCUUUCCUGGGACACCUUCCUCAAGCUCAAUGAAUGGACAAAGGGUCAGGUUUGGAUCAAUGGUAUGAAUCUGGGACGAUACUGGCCAGCAAGGGGCCCCCAGCAGACUCUUUAUGUGCCCGGACCCCUGCUCAGCACCACCCAGCCCAACAACAUCACAGUGCUGGAACUGGAGCGGGCCCCAGCUCACCUACGGGUGCUCUUCAUGGACCGGCCUCAGCUCAAUGUCCUUGCUGAAAAGCCUUAACAGAGCACAGAAUGUAUUGCGGCCACCGAAAGCUCCAUCUUCUACACCCGCCAUCUGUCCUUUAUCUAGGUUCACAAAAGAUAUUGCGCCAACGAACGAUAUUACAGCACAAAUACGGCCAUGCAUAUUCACAGCCGAGUUUAAUUUGCCUUUUUCUGCAGAUGGAGAUGGAAAUAAUAAUCUGUUUAAAUGAGGCCUUAUUUUGUAUUCCCCUUUGAGGUUGCUUAUAGAAUUAAGCUGUUUGUUUUUGUCUGAUUUACACAUGCCUUUUGUGUAUCUGUCCCUGAGUUUUGUAUCAAAAUAUGGUCUCUACAUUCAGCUGUAGGAACACAAAUAUUGCCACUUGUGCCUUUGGAAAAAUGACAGUGAUAAACAAGCAGUAUUCAUUAUUUUUAUUAUAUUUGCUUUUGAACCUUCUCCAAAAGGUGCAGAUACUGUGAAUAAAGAGUACAUUGAUUACAAGUUGUAA